CACGGACCACCAGUUGGUGACCGCUGCUCUAAACCUCUUUUUGUGGGGUCAAAUAGGCUAGUUUUAUUUUCCUUUCUAAGUUGAGGUCCUGUUAAACAACAGGUCACUUUCAUCCUGACCACUUGUUGUGGUCCGCCAGCAGCGUGGGGACCUGGCAAUGGAGUCAGACAGUGAGGAGGCUGGGGAGGACAAUGGGCCAGUCCUGGAGUCAGGGUGUUGUGUCCCACUCCUCCGCUGACGGCCGGGUCGGGGAAGUCCGUAUUAGGCGUGCCUCUGCAGCUCUGCCAAAGUCCUAUCAGAGUUCUCAAGGCAGGCAGGAGACCAGGAAGUGACUUCAGCAAUCCAAGUUAGACUUUGCCUGACUCAGAGAAUGCCAGAAAACAGAUCCCUUAUAUAGGCCAUGGGGUGUGGCUCCAUGACUCAGCACUUAUCCAGGCCUGCCCCUCCCUUCCUUUUGGUGACGUCGCCUCUCCAUUCUCUGGAAGCGUGGGUCUAUCCAUUGCAUCGUUUUGUCUCCAGCUGUUGGUAAUCUCAGCUCGUGGCUGGAUUCAGGCUCACAUGCUAUCGGAGGGAGGUUUGUUUGUUUGGCCUGUCCGGGCAUGGUGCCAGGGCUGGGAGCUGCAGGCAUGCCAGGACAUUCUUCAGCACUAUCAGCGUCUGGCAAGAGAUAAGAGGGGCCCGGCUGUGGCAGGGGGAGCGAGCGAGACACAACACAGGGGAAGGCCCGGAUGAGAGCUCUGCAUCAGAGGCAGGGGUGGGGCCAGGGCCAUCUGGGAGCGAUGCACGGACUCCGGAGCCUCCAGAGGCGGACAUCUGAGAGGCAGAGGAAUAAGAGGAGCCUGUUCCUAGUGCAUGCAUGAGAAGAGCUGCCAGAAGGCAAGAGCAGCUGAAACAAAAAGGGUGACUCAGGAGUAAGGCCAGGAGAUGAUUGGCCCCUCCCAUAUGGCUUAAAAGAGCAGCAACAGCUCUUGGGUUCUUUGUAGAAAAGCAACGUUGAUUCCAUUGCUUCUUGUCAGCAUCUCUUGAACUUUGUGGGGUUUUUUGUCAAGAAAAGCCUUUGGCAGGUUGCCAAAUACACCAAGGUUGGAGUUGAAGGACAGGACUUUGGCAUCAUGCAUUUCAAGCACUGGCUGCCCCAGAUGGGGGUCCAGUACAGUCGAGUGAAGCCCAGAAACCCCAGAGGGAGAAGCAGGGGAGUUGCCUCACUGCCAAGACACCUGGAUCUUAUGUUGGGGAGAAGCCCACUCUUCAAGGGAAUAUUUCACCUAGACCAGACUCGGUGCACCUUGGCAUCUUCACUCAGGAACUUCACUCAUUACCCGGGAAUGUUACAAGAGGCAACGUCUCGGCCUGCUUCCCCCAGGCCAAACCAAAGAGUGCCGAAGAACGUAGACUCUUCUGAAGCCAUCCAAAAACACAAGAAAAGUUUGGCAGAUUGGUUUCGCCGGCAGCCCAACGAGGAGAGACAGUUUGGACCUUCCUUCGCCCUUGACGCCAUCCACGUCGAUCCGGUGAUCCGGGAGAGCUCCCUGGAGGAAAUCUUGAAACCUUCUCCAGAUCUGACCAUCCAGAACCAACUCCAAGGUUCUUGCUGUGAUACCAUUGGUCUCCAGAACCUUUUUGACGAAGACCUCUGUGGACAAGAAGUGAAGAAUGUGGUCCUCUACGGGACGGUGGGCACUGGGAAAAGCACCCUCAUCAAGAAGAUGGUGAUGGACUGGUGUCACGAGCGCCUCCCUCAUUUUGAGCUGCUCCUCCCCUUCUCCUGUGAGGACCUUUCCCAGGGCAACAGCCCCGUGUCUUUGCGCCGUCUAGUGACCAAGAAAUACCUCCACCUCCGGGAGAUGGCCCCCCUGCUUGGCUCCAGCAACCUCAAAGUGCUCUUCAUCCUCAAUGGCCUUGACCGUCUCAACCUGGACUUUCGCCUGGCCCGCACUGAGCUUUGCUGUGACCCCAAUGAACCCCUCUUGCCAGCUGCCAUUGUCGUCAACCUGCUCAGGAAGUACAUGAUGCCUGAGGCCAGCAUCAUUGUCACUACUCGCCCUUCGGCAGCACGUCGGAUCCCCAGCAAGUUUGUGGGACGCUACGUUGAAGUCUGUGGCUUCUCGGACCUCAACCUCCAGAAGCUUUACUUCCAGAUGCGCCUACGGCAGCCUGAAUGUGCCGGAGCCUCUGGUCCCCCCACAGCAGAGCAGGCCAAUGAGCAGGACAACCUUGUGGAGAUGCUCUCCAGGAAUCUGGAGAGGCACAACCAGAUUAUGGCCGCCUGCUUCCUUCCCUCUUAUUGCUGGUUGGUGUGUACGACCUUGCACUUCCUUUAUUUUACCAAGACGGUACCUCCCACUCAAACUCUGACGGGGAUCUACACCAGCUUCCUACGGCUCAACUUCAGUGGGGAAGUGCUGGACAGCACCGAUCCUUCCAACAUCUCCAUGAUGAAGUACGUGGCCAAGACGGUGGGCAAGUUGGCCUAUGAAGGGGUGAUGUCUCGACAGACUUGCUUCACAGAGAAGGAUCUCCGCCGCUGUUUUGAGGUGGAAAUGAAGACGGAGAGUGAGUUGAACCUCCUGAACACUUUCCGGAGUGAUGUUCUCCGCUUCUUCUUGACCCCCUGUGUUCAGUCAGGCAAGGAACACAUUUUUGUCUUCACUAUCCCAGCCAUGCAAGAGUACCUGGCUGCCCUUUAUGUGGUCUUGGGGGAGAAGAAGACCCUGGUGCAACGGGUGGGCAAGGAAGUCUCUGAAAUUAUUGGGAAAGUCGGCGAAGAUGUGGCCCUGGUGCUCAGCGUGGUCUCCAAAUUCUUGCCAUUGCGCAUCCUGCCCCUUCUCUUCAACCUCAUCAAGAUCUUCCCUCGCUACUUCACCCGGUUCAGUACCAAGGACCGGGACACCAUCGCCCGCACCAUGGCAGUGGAGAUGUUCAAAGAAGAGGACUACUUCAACGACGAUGUCCUGGACCAGAUCAACUUCAGCAUUCUUGGGGUGGAAGGUCCCAUGCGCCACCCGGAUGAAGCUUCCGACGAUGAGGUCUUCGAGCUCUUCCCCAUCUUCAUGGGUGGGUUGCUGUCCCGCCGUAACCGGGCCAUCUUGGAUCAACUGGGCUGUCCCAUCAAGAACCUGGCUGCUUUCGAGAUUGCCAAGGCCAUGAAGAAAACCGUCAUCCGGAAUAGCCGUAAGGGAUUGCCACCAUCUGAACUGAUGGACUAUCUCUUCUUUCUACACGAGUUCCAGAACGAACGCUUCACAGCGGAGGCUGUCCAGUCCUUGAGGACCAUCAACCUCUCUUCAGUAAAGAUGACCCCUCUCAAAUGCGCAGUCCUGGCUUCAGUUGUGGGCACCACGAGCCACGACGUUGAGGAGCUCAAUCUUGCCUCUUGCCAUCUCGAUGUGGGCAGCCUGAGGACCCUCUUCCCCAUCUUGCUACGAUGCAGGAAACUCCAUUUGCAGCUCAACAGUCUGGGCCCAGAGGCGUGCAAAGAGAUCCGGAACCUGCUUCUGCAUGACAAAUGUGUGGUCGACACUUUGCGGCUUGCAGACAAUCCAUUGACCGAGCAGGGGGCCAUCUACCUGGCCGAAGGCCUGGCUGGCAACAGCUCUUUGAGAAAUCUCUCACUACUUCACACCUCCUUGGGGAACCAGGGGGUGGAGGUCAUCACCCAGCACCUGGCUCAGAACCAGCACCUACAGGAGCUUGAUGUGGCCUACAAUUCAUUGACGGACGAAGCCGCGUUGGCCCUGGUUGAGGAGGCCAAGAAACACGCAACGCUGGAAACCGUGCACUUGUACUUCAACGAGAUCAGCGAAGAAGGCAAGCAAGCCCUGCACGAGUUGCGGAAGAACCGGGAUGGCAUCCGUGUCCUCAUCUACCUGACCAUGGGAGCAGACGUCUCCGACUACUGGGCCAUCAUCCUGAACGUGGUCCAGAAGAACCUGCCUAUCUGGGACAGGGACCGGGUGAAGCAACAUCUGGGGUUGCUCCUAGAAGACCUUCAGUGCAGCCGCCGACAGACGGUCAACCCUUGGAAGAAACUCAAGUUCAUGAGAGUAGAGAGCGAGGUCAAGAGGAUGCUGGGCCACAUGCAGAGAGGCACCCUUUGACCCUCGGUUCUUGGGAGCCGCCUGGAAGCAGAGCAUGGGUUUCCUACUACGCCAUUGGAACGCCGGUUGAGUCAGAUUUCACAAGAGAUCUCGUUAGCCCACCGUAGGUAACGGGACAAGGUUGUCUCUUAAGUUAGCUCAACCCACCUCAGGGCUCUUCUGACAUUGUUAGCAAACUAAGCUGGCAGGUACCGUGAACCAGAAUGUCCAACUUUGACACCUAGAAGACCGGUAGACUUCAACUUCCAAAAUUCCCCAACCAGCCACGUUAUGGGGAAUUCCGGGAGACGACGUCCUACAAGUCUUAAAAGUUCCCACGGUUGGACACCCCGCCAUAGCCGCAACUGCCAAUCAAAGAUUGAAUCGGAUAUCCCGCUCACGUAGCAGGCGGUUUGCCUUAAUCUCAUCUCUUUACGGUUUUUUUAAUUGAAAUCAUCUGUUUGCGUUUGGUUGCAUUCCAGGCGACCCUUUUUUUAAAAAAAAACAAAAAAACCAUGUUUCCCCAAAAAUAAGGCCCUGUCUUAUAUUUUUUUGAACCCUGAAAUAAGCGCUUGGCCUUAUUGCCACGCCCUCAAAAGCCCGACUGGGCUUAUUAUCAGGGGAUGUCUUAUUUUGGGGAAAACAGGGUUAUAAUAAUACAAACCACACAGAAGUUGUGGGCAUGGUCCCUUUGGGAGAUCGCGGGUGCUAAGUAUCAUAGUUGCCAACUCAGCGUGCUCAUUUUUCCCAUAGUUUUCUCUGGGGGGAAGGAAAGCUAAAUUAAACAGGUGGUCCUCGACUUACCACCGAAAUUAAGCCCAACAGUUCUGUUACUAUGCAAGACGGUUGUUAAGCGAGUUUUGCCCUGUUUUACCGUCCUUCUUGCCUACCGUUGUUCAACGAAUCUGGCUUCCCCCUUGGCUUGGCUUGUCCGAAGGUCGCAAAAGGAGGAUCACGUAGGUCCCAGGACGCUGCAACGGUCAUAAAUGUGAGUCGGUUGCCGAGUGUCUGAAUCUGGAUCGUGUGACCAUGCUGCAGUGGUCAUAAGUCUGAAAAAUGGUCGUAAGUCACAUUGUCACUAAAAGAACUGUUAUACAUCGAGGACCACCUGUAAAUGGGAGCUUACCAGUUAGAGGUUAUUUAGUUGAAUGCGCGCGAGAGAAUGUAGGUAUUUUUAAAAAAUACCAGUAUUUUCUUUGAUGGGGUUGAUGAGAAGAGCUGAGGCUGACCCAACCUCUUUUCCCAUGUCUGCAAUACAAAGGGAGUUCUUCUUUAACAGAUUUUAACAGAAUAACAGAGUUGGAAGGGACCUUGUAGGUCAUCUAGCCCAACCCCCAGCCCAAGCAGGAGACUCUACACCAUUUCUGACAGAUGGCAGUCCAGUCUCUUGUUGAAAGCUUCCAGGGAUGAAGCUCCCACAACUUCUGCAGGCAACUUCUGUUCCUUCGGUUGACUGUUCUCACUGUCAGAAAAUUUCUCCUUAUUUCCAGCUUGAAUCUCUCCUUGAUCAGUUUCCAUCCAUUGUCUGGCCUUCAGGUGCUUUGGAGAAUAGCUUGACCCCCUCUUCUCUGUGGCAGCCCCUCAAAUAUUGGAAUCAUGUCUCCCCUGGUCCUUCUCUUCACUAGACUAGCCAGGCCCAAUUCCUGCAACCGUUCUUCAUAUGUUUUAGCCUCCGGUCCCCUAAUCAUGCUGGUUGCUCUUCUCUGCACUUUUUCUAGAGUCUCAACAUCUUUUUUAUAGUGUGGGUGACCAAAACUGGAUGCAGUACUCUAGGUGUGGUCUUACUAAGGCUUUAUAGAGUGGUAUUAGUACCUCCCUUGAUCUUGAUCUUGAUUGUAUCCCUCUGAUAAUGCAAGUUAGGAUUGCAUUGGCUUUUUUAGCUGCCGCUGCACACAGCUGGCUCAUAUUUAGCUGGUUGUCCACUAAGACUCCAAGAUCCCUCUCGCAGUCACUGCUAUUAAGCCUGGAUUCACGCAGUCUAUAUGUAUACUGUUGGUUUUUCUUCUUGUCUCUAUCCGUCAGUGUUUCAUGUGGCGUCCUUUCCCUCUCAUUCCUUCCGUCGCUACGACAUUCAAAAUACCUCACAUCCGAUUCUGCACCAUACAGUGACUUUUCUCCCAUUUGCUGAAGUUAUUGGCAGGAAAAAUAUGGACUAUAGACCAGGGGUCUCCAACCUUGGCAACUUUAAGACUUGUGGACUUCAACUCCCAGAAUUCUGGGAGUUGAAGUCCACAAGUCUUAAAGUUGCCAAGGUUGGAGACCCCUGCUAUAGACAGAUCUAAAAAAGACGAAGGGCCGUGUCCUAUAUCACUGAGGACUAGCAGCAUGGGGGAUUUGGUGGCCUAUAACCCUGCUAUUUUCUUUGGUUUGGGGGGGUCGGGGGGGGGGAAUCCCUUCAACUUUUUCUACCCAGAGUUUUUUUUCCCCCCAUGGGGGACCAGCUGCUGGAUUGUUUUGCAAGAAUGCAGAGAAAUAAUACAGUAACGCGAUACAAGAUACGAUACGAUCUUUUUAUUCCUCUCAGCCAGAUUUUUCGAGACUGGGCUCAAAUCCCAGCAGGGCCGAAAAAAGCAGGGAUUAAAAAAUGGAUUGACUUGGGAAUUGUUUGCCUACGUGCCUCAAGAAAACUAAAAGCACUUUGCUUUAGUACACACAGCCCUCAACUUACGACCCCAUUGGCACUGGAAGUUCUGUCACUAAGCGAUGCGAUGGCUAAGUGAGUCACAUCCAAUUUUUUUCCCCACGGUCAUUAAGCAAAUCACACCGUUGUCCACUGAAUCCAGCUCCCCCCACCCCCGGGAAGGGAGUGUUCACAUGACACAGUUGCAAAUACUUUCUGGUUGCCAACUGACCAAAUUUUGACCACAUGAACUCAGGGAAGCAGUGACGGUCGUAAAGGCGAGUCAGUUUUUUAUCACCGUCGUCACUUUGAACAGUCUCUAAAUGAAUGGUCGUAAGUCGAGGCCUAUCUGUAGAUCCAGGACUUGUGUACCCCGUUUCUACAACCAAGAAAAAAAUAAAUAAAAAUAAACAGAUAUGCAUUGGAUAUAAGUAUGCAAUUGGAGACCGGCUACCACAGGGUGAGAAUUUGAAGGACCGAAGGAUUGUUUCGCACAGAAUGAAUUAAUUCUUAAUAGAAUUAAUGAAUGAAUUAGUUCUCAGUAGAAUUAAUGAAUUAAUUCUCAGUAAAAUUAAUGAAUUCUCAGUAGAAUUAAUGAAUUAAUGAGUCAAUUCUCAGUAGAAUUAACAAAUUAAUUUUACGGAGUGGAAGCAGGUUUUGCAAAUACGUUUUGAGAAGGCUGAUCCUUUAUGUCUCUGAAGUUUGCACAGAGCCUGCCAGCCGAGGGGCAGUCUAUCUUGAAAUGCCAGCUACCGGGGACAAACAAAGGGGAGAGAGCCUAUUGUGGGUUUUGUGUUGUGUGAACACUUUUACUUUGCUUCCAAUGUCUCAUAAACGCGAGUGUGCGCACACAAGUGCUGGACUCCGGAGAAAUAGCAAGGAAUAUCUAUUUUCUGGUUGUGACAAAAGCCAUUAAAAUAAACUUCCAGCGAAUGUUUUACAUUAUAA